AUGGUGCCCACCAAGGUUCCCCUGCUCUUCGGAACCAUGACGUUGGGAGAGCCGGGUAAGAACGGUGUCCGCAUUCACGACCUCCAACAAUGCCAGGAGAUCCUCGAUGUCUUCUUUGAGCAUGGCCACAAAGAACUCGAUACUGCGCGCAUGUAUGCUGAAGGGACGACCGAAGCGUACUUGUCGGAGCUCGACCUCAAGGGUGCUUCGGUGGACACCAAGGUCUAUCCAGUAAAACCGGGUGACCAUGCUCCCUCUGCACUACGGGCCACCUUCCAAACCUCUCUCAAGGAACUUGGCGUCUCCAAGGUCAGAGUACUCUAUUUGCACGCCCCGGAUCGCAGCGUUCCCUUCGAAGAUACUGCACGGGAAAUGAACGAAUUGUACAAGCAAGGGCUUUUCGAGAUUUUCGGACUGAGCAACUAUGCCGCUUGGGAGGUUGCUGAAAUGGUCACCAUUUGCAAAGCCAAUGAGUGGGUGCAACCCAAGAUUUACCAAGCCAUGUACAACGCAGUCACUCGCGAGAUAGAUGCAGAGCUCGUUCCAUGUUGCAGAAAGUUUGGUCUUCGAAUUGUUAUCUACAACCCUCUUUCAGGGGGUCUGUUUGCAGGGAAGAUUUCGGCCCCUCACGCUGAAGCCCCCACAGGCGGCCGAUUCGACGGAAGCACUGCAAUGGGCAAGAUGUAUCGUGCACGGUACCUGAAGGAAGGCUAUUUUGAUGCAUUGAACCAUCUGAAGCCCAUUGCCGAGAAGCAUCAGCUCCGCCUGACAGAGAUUGCGCUCCGAUGGUGCCAACACCAUUCCGUCCUUACUCCGCAGGAUGGUAUCAUCCUUGGAGCUAGUAGCGCCGCACAACUGAAGCAGAAUCUCGAAGACUGCGAGAAAGGCCCUCUCCCAGAAGAAGUUCUCAAGGCGCUCGACGACGCUCGACUCAUCGUGGGACCGAGUGUGCCUACGUACUGGCGGUAA